AUGAACAUCUGUGGGGUGAAUGGUGGCGGAGCCAUCCACUCUCCGAACUUGCUGGCCUGGGUGGUGUCCAGGAAACGGGGCCUGGCUGCAGAAGCGGCCUCCGCUAGGGGGCUUCGGCUGGAGCAUUCCCGGGGGCGUCGCCUGCUUCCGCUGCUGCCUCCUUCAGUGAAAGUCCCUCUUGGGUCCAGCUGCCAGAGCCACCGCGCUCCCACAGGCCGAACGGGAGACACCCCAGGUCUGCGUGGCCCCCGUGCCACCACGCCCAGUGGCCGCCGGAGCCCCACGAGCAGGGGGAGGAGCCGCAGCCCGUGGAGGCGGAGGAGCCUGGAGGAGGCGGAGACGGCAGAGAUGGCAGAGAAGGUGGAGACCGCAGGGAAGGUGGACGCCACCAGGAAGGUGGAGACCGCGGAGGACUCGGGCCCUGGGGCUGAGCUCGGGCUGGAGCGGGAGCCCGAGCCCAAGCCGGAGCCCGAGCAGGAGCCCGAGCAGGAGCCCAAGCCCUAACCAGAGCCGGAGCUGAAACCUGAGCCCGAGCCCGUGCCCUUACAGGAGGCAGAGCAGCAGCCUAAGGGGGAGCCCGAGCAGGAGCCGAAGGAUGAGAUCCCAGCGCAGAGCGGCGGUGGCGGCAGCGGCGACGAGGUUCCUCCCCCCACCCUUCCCUCCGAUCCGCCGCGGGUCCCCGAUCCCUCUCCACGCCGCAGUCGUGCCCCACGCCGCCGACCCCGGCCCCGGCCCCAGACUAGGCUCCGUACCCCGCCGCAGCCUAGGCCACGGCCCCCGCCCCGGUCCCGGCCCCGGCGCGGUCCUGGGGGCGGGUGCCUGGAUGUGGAUUUUACCGUGGGGCCACCAGGUUGUUCCCACGUGAACAGCUUUAAGGUGGGAGAGAACUGGAGGCAGGAAUUGCGGGUUAUCUACCAGUGCUUCGUGUGGUGUGGAACCCCAGAGACCAGGAAAAGCAAGGCAAAGUCGUGCAUCUGCCAUGUGUGUGGCACCCAUUUAAACAGACUCCACUCUUGCCUUUCCUGUAUCUUCUUUGGCUGCUUCACAGAGAAACACAUCCAUGAGCACGCUGAGACAAAACAGCACAACUUAGCGGUAGAUCUUUAUUAUGGAGGUAUAUACUGCUUCAUGUGUAAAGACUAUGUGUAUGACAAAGACAUUGAGCAAAUUGCCAAAGAAGAGCAAAGAGAAGCCUUGAAAUUACAAGCCUCUGCCUCGACAGAGGUUUCUCAGCAGCAGUGUUCAGUGCUGGGCCUUGGUGAGAAAUAUCCCACCUGGGAAAUGACCAGGCCUGAGUUCGAACUGCUGGGACACAACCCCCGAAGAAGAAGAAUCGCCUCAAGCUUUACCAUCGGCCUACGAGGACUGAUUAAUCUUGGCAACACAUGUUUUAUGAACUGUAUUGUUCAGGCCCUGACCCACACUCCAAUACUGAGAGAUUUCUUUCUCUCUGACAGGCACCGGUGUGAAAUGCCCAGUCCAGAGUUAUGUCUGGUCUGUGAGAUGUCUUCGAUCUUUCGGGAGCUGUAUUCUGGGAACCCAUCUCCUCACAUUCCCUAUAAGUUACUGCACCUGGUGUGGAUACACGCUCGUCAUUUAGCAGGGUACAGGCAGCAGGAUGCCCACGAGUUCCUCAUCGCUGCCCUAGAUGUUCUGCACAGGCACUGCAAGGGCGAUGAUGUUGGCAAAGUGGCCAGCAAUCUCAACCACUGUAACUGCAUCAUAGACCAAAUCUUCACAGGUGGCCUGCAGUCAGAUGUCACCUGUCAAGCCUGCCAUGGUGUCUCCACCACUAUAGACCCAUGCUGGGACAUCAGUCUGGACUUGCCUGGCUCUUGCACAUCCUUCUGGCCUAUGAGUCCAGGGAGGGAGAGCAGCGUGAAUGGGGAAAGCCACAUACCAGGCAUUAGUACCCUCACGGACUGCUUGCGAAGGUUUACAAGGCCAGAGCACUUAGGAAGCAGUGCCAAAAUCAAAUGUGGUAGUUGCCAAAGCUACCAAGAAUCUACCAAACAGCUCACUAUGAAGAAGUUGCCAGUUGUUGCCUGCUUUCAUUUCAAACGAUUUGAGCACUCAGCCAAACAGAGGCGCAAGAUCACUACAUACAUUUCCUUUCCUCUGGAGCUGGAUAUGACACCAUUUAUGGCGUCAAGUAAAGAAACCCAAAUGAAUGGACAGUUGCAGCUGCCAACUAAUAGUGGGAACAAGGAGAAUAAGUAUUCCUUGUUUGCUGUGGUUAAUCACCAGGGAACCUUGGAGAGCGGCCACUACACCAGCUUCAUUCGGCACCACAGGGACCAGUGGUUCAAGUGUGAUGAUGCCGUCAUCACCAAGGCCAGUAUUAAAGAUGUGCUGGACAGUGAAGGCUAUUUACUGUUCUAUCACAAACAGGUCCUGGAACUCGAGUCAGAAAAGGUGAAAGAAAUGAAUACACAAGCUUACUAA